GUAACACUCCUUCAAAAACAGCCAAUCUAUAGAGGGCCUUCUCAAACAAAUAACACAUCCACAGGAGAAGGAAUAUUUCAUUGCUGUUGGGUUGAAUAGAAUAUAUCAGAAGGAAAAAAGUUGCAUUACUUAUCUUGGAAUGUAUUUAACUUCCUGAGGAGCUGCUUCAAAUAGUCUUACAUGAGUCUAAAACUUAGCAGCUGAAGUAACAGAAGGUAUUUUCCUUACCUUGAGUCAACCCAGGAGUGUUUUUCUGAAAGUGGGAAUUCAUAACAUCCCUCUUUGCUGAAUCCAACAAACCCGUAAUGACUGAAAAAAAAGGUUAUGCUGGAAAUGGGUUUGUUCAUGUUAAAAAUCCUCAUUUGGCUCUGAUGGAUGAAGACAUUCUCUAUCACUUAGAUUUAGGAACAAAAACACACAACCUACCAGCGAUGUUUGGUGACAUAAAGUUUGUCUGUGUUGGUGGCAGCCCAAAUCGAAUGAAAGCCUUUGCUCAGUUCAUGCACAAAGAACUUGGAUUUGAAGGAGAUGGGAAAGAUGUGAAAGAUAUUUGUGCGGGGACAGAUCGGUACUCUAUGUACAAAGUUGGACCGGUGCUCUCUGUCAGUCAUGGGAUGGGCAUUCCUUCCAUUUCUAUUAUGCUUCAUGAAUUAAUCAAAUUACUACACCACGCAAAAUGCCAGGGUGUUACUAUUAUACGCAUCGGUACUUCUGGGGGCUUAGGCAUUGAACCUGGAUCUGUUGUAAUAACAGACACUGCACUGGAUUCAUUUUUCAAGCCUCAGUUUGAGCAGGUAAUACUGGAUAAUGUAGUUGUACGAAGCACUGAACUUGAUAAGGACCUUGCUGAGGAACUACUGAACUGCAGCAAAGAGAUCCAUGACUUCCCAACGAUGACUGGUCAUACAAUGUGCACCUAUGACUUUUAUGAGGGUCAGGGACGAUUAGAUGGAGCCCUGUGCUCUUUUUCCAGUGAAAAAAAAUUGGAGUACUUAAAAAGAGCUUAUAAUGCUGGGGUUAGAAAUAUUGAAAUGGAGUCCACGGUAUUUGCUGCCAUGUGCGGACUUUGUGGUCUUAAAGCUGCUGUUGUCUGUGUGACACUCCUCAACCGACUUGAAGGUGACCAAAUCACUGUUCCCCAUGAAGUUCUAUUAGAAUAUCAACGACGCCCACAGCAGCUGAUCUCAAUCUUUAUCAAGAAGCGACUUGGAUUAUAUAACCAAAAUAAAUUAUUGGAUAAUGCAUUUUUCCUCAGCAACUAAGAAAAAAUAGAU